AUGAUGUCUCCUGCUCGAGUUGUCGAAGCUACCCAGAAAGAGAAUGACUUUCAGACACUGACCUCCGCACUGGAUGCGUUGUUGGUGACUGUCCACCAGCUGAGCUUGAGAGAGCAAGAGCUCCAACGCAGAGUCAAGCUUGCGCACGACGAGUAUAAAAGACUAGCCGAACGAGUGGAAGGAGGAGUCACCAAUGUAGAACAAAGUGUAUUGGAACAGAUUCGUUCGAACGACUCUCAACCUCUACCGAAACUAGACCCAUCGCUAAAACCCUUAGACGUCGUUGAUAACCUCCGAGAGCAUGGGCAUAUCCAGCGUCAGUUACUUGACGUCGUAGUAGCUGGUAUCAUUUCAUCGCGAUCGUUUGAAGGCGACGUUCGUACCGAUGACAACGCGAGUUUUGAGGUCCCAUCCAAUAAUCCCUGUGUAGUGGCCGCCAAAGCGCGACGCCCGUCUAUGUAUGAACGCGAUUUUACAACAUCUAAUGGCGUAAAGGGGAACCUUCGCUGUCCGUACGCAAAGCCUACACAUCCGACUGCGAAUGGACAUGUGAAUGGUACAGCCACGACGACCAUCAACAACCUAGAUGAACAGAGCAGCGCUACUAAAUGCGCUUUUGAUCCCAUCAAAGCGGAUUUGACUGCGCCGCAAGACCGUGUCUCGAGCGCAGGCGCCUCUGUGAGAUCGUCAGCGGCUCGUUGUCCAAUUCGAUACAUGGAUGACCAUUCACCUGAAGAACUGGCCAAGUACUUCGAAGCACACAAACACGAGAUUCCUAGAAGUCAUGCAAUUUGCGUCACUCGGUUUCAAAGGAGUUCGGCGACCAUGCGUCAGAUUGAUGCUAAAUACGGUAGUCUUGUGAAUAUGAUACAAGGCCUCAGCGUGAGGCACAAACCGCUUUUACCCGAGUCAGGAGAGAAUGGCACCUCGGCUGAGCGGGUUGAGAAAUGGGCAGAAGACGUCAGUUCCAAAUCACCACAUCUAGCAACAUUGAGCACAGUGGAAGAGGACGAAGUGCCUGCAGUCGAACUGCCGGAUGAAGAGGACAGAAUGGGUCAUUUUGAGCGUCCUUUGCGGGAGGUCCGGGUCGGCGAGUCACCGAGUCGUCCCUGGGGUAUUCCGGUUCCAAUUCUGAACCAUAAUCAGCCUGUACUGGGUAGUGCCAUCAACAGUCCUGCUGCGCCAAUUCAUGCGCCAGAAUUGAAGACGCCGAAGCACAUGACGAACAUCGAUUUACCGUCUCCUGCAGUGCAUCGUCAGGAAAUUCCUUCGCCCACACCGGUCAGGCAAAAAGGCAAAUGCCCUUUUGAUCAUACCGCUUUAAUGAAGAAACCCGAAGCUGCUGCUGACGUUGAUGGUACACUGGCCAAGGAGGCGGAUUCUCCUGCAUACCAACACUAUGUGAAUGGCAAUGUUCAUCAUGCAACAGUCCAAGAGGACAAGAUCAAUGACUACGCUGAGCCAAAGGUGCAAGCAUCGACACCUACACCUGCUUCAGCUCCAGCUCCAGCAUUAAGCAGCCCACCACAAAUGAUUUUCAAUGGCCCUGUCUUUUUCGGUUUCUCAGCAGAAGAAACAGCGGCAUUCAUGCAGCAAUUCAGUUCACCGGGAGGAAAGUGA